AUGUCUGAAGAGCUCAAGGGACCAGAUUUGAGUCCCCCUGCGGUCGCGCACUACUUAGCGACGCGACCGUCGACACUAGUUCCACCUCCAUUCCACGAGAAAAAGCACCUGCUCAAUCCUUUGCCUGGACUCCGCGAAAUCACCUUGCGUCAAUGGUCUUUUAUUGGUGUGGCUUUCUUUGGCUGGACAUGGGAUGCUUUCGACUUCUUUUCCGUAUCAAUCGUUGUUCCAAACAUUGCAAAAUCCCUUGAUCGCACUGUUGCCCAAAUAUCCUGGGGUAUCACAGUUGUCUUGAUGCUCCGUUCAGUCGGUGCCGUUAUAUUUGGUCUCGCCGCUGAUAAGUGGGGUCGUAAAUGGCCCUUUAUCAUCAACUGUCUUGUGUUCAUCGCUCUUGAGCUGGGCACUGGGUUUGUUCAAACCUAUCCGCAAUUCUUAGCCGUGCGUGCACUGUUUGGCAUUGCUAUGGGUGGUAUGUUUGGUAACUGCGCUUCAACCGCUCUCGAUGAUUGUCCUCCACAAGCAAAAGGUCUGAUCUCAGGUUUACUGCAACAAGGCUAUGCUUUUGGUUACUUGUUAGUCGUUAUUUUCAACAGAGCUAUUGCCGAUAAUUCUCCGCACGGCUGGAGAGCACUGUUCUGGUUCGGUGCUGGGCCGCCUGUUCUAAUCAUUAUUUGGCGUUUAUGUCUACCUGAGAACGAUGCAUUCCUUGAGCACAAGCGUCGCCGCGAGGUUGAAGGUGAUGCAGCGGUUACUUUCGUUCGAGCCGCUAAAGAGAGCAUGAAGACCCACUGGCUCCUGUUCAUUUUCCAGGUUUUGUUCAUGGUUGGCAUGAAUUUUAUGUCCCAUGGAUCUCAGGACUUGUAUCCUACUCGCCUGAAGAAGCAACUUGACUUUAGCGAAAACGCAGCUACUGUAACCAACUGUGUCGCAAACCUCGGUGCUCUAACUGGGGGCAUCUUGUUCGGCCACUUGUCUCAGUUCGUUGGUCGUCGUCUCACUAUUAUGAUAUGCUGUGUUAUUGGGGCUGCUUUAAUUUAUCCCUGGGGCUUUUCACAUCAAAAUGCAAGCAUUAACGCUACGGCUUUUUUUAUGCAAAUGAUGGUCCAGGGUGCCUGGGGUGUGGUGCCAAUUCAUCUUAUGGAGCUUUCUCCCCCCGCACUGCGAGCUUUCGCCUCCGGUACUAGUUAUCAGUUGGGAAAUCUCGCUUCUUCUGCAGCUUCAACUAUUGAGGCGACUAUCGGCACGCAGUUCCCUCUCUAUGAUAAGGACGGAAAUAAAAUUCCGGGGAUGUACGACUAUGGAAAAGUUAUGGCAAUCUUAAUGGGUGCAGUAUUCGCCUACACGUUCGUGGUCUGCUUCUUGGGUCCUGAACGCCGCAAUGCCGACGGUGACAUUCGCGAAAUUCACGACGAGGAGAACGUCGAUCCAGAGAAGAUCACCGUCGAGUAUAUCGACAAAGAGGAGAUCAAGAAAUCCAAGCACAGUACUCCCGUGCUUUAA